CACGGAGACCAUCACCAUGACGAACAUCACCACGACGACCAUCACCAUGGAGACCAUUAUCACGAUUGAGCACCAUCAUCAUCAUGGUGACCAUCACCAUGGGGGGCACAACCAUACCCAGGACAUGAUGGUUGGGUUGUGGGUACUGGCCGGUAUCAUUGCUUUCCUGAUUGUGGAGAAGUUUGUGAGGACGAUUAAAGGAGGCGGACAUAAACACGUCCAUUUUAAUAGCGAGGUUGAGGAGAGACGCUAUAGGGAAGGGGCCGGGCGGAGUCAAGUCAUAGAGACUAAAAACGGUCCACUUUCUGACGAGGGGAACAAGGAAGGACUGAGACAAAGAGGAGGAGGAGGAGGAAUAAUGGCAAAGAAAGAGAAAGAGGAAAAGAAGAGAAAAGAAUGGCUCUAGUCUCAUUUGCUCUUCCAAUGCUAGAUACUGCAAAGCCAAAAACUUUUAUUUGGACUUGAGAAGAUUUGAUGAGUUCGCCACAAGACAAGGCGACACUUACAGGAGCUUUAGAGAGAAUAUCUUUGAGCCAGGAGAGGUUGGGGGACACUGUAGACUGGACAAGCCGUUGCUAAGAGAACAGGGAGAGCACAAGUCUCCCUUGCAGUCCUGGUAUGCCGAACUGGAGGAGUAUAACGGCUUUGAUUCUGACCCUUUUGAAACUGGAGGGU